CGCCUAUUGGCUGCGGGCCCUGUGCAGCUGCUUGUCAACAAGAUGGCCUUCCUCCUCUCGCCGUUUUGACACAGAUUAUUUUGGUAUCCCCGAGAACAUAAUGUGAAAGCCAGUGUCACUUCUAAAUAGAUAGCGGGAGAGCGAUUGCCAAGAGUCCUAACAAGGCUUACAGUCAGUCAGACUGUGCUGAGUGAACUGACAGGCACAGAAUAUCCGCGAUAGCUCAACAAGGUUGAUAACAGAAAGUAGCUGAAGGCCAGAGCUAGUGGUGCUGAGCUAUCUGAGCUACGUGGACUCGGACAGUCAACACCUGCAUUUCACCAGACAAGACCGGUCGAGUUGGAAGGAAAUACAUUUCAGAAACAUUUGGCAUCGGCCGUCUGCAGAUCCAGAGGCUUGUCUGAGAAGAACAACGCCGCUAAAGGUUUUAGGCCCAGUGUUGGUUGCCAGCUUGGCCCUAUUGCCAGUUGGGGGGAACAGGAAGCCAACGAUGAGAGCUUCUGGUUUUUACUGGCCAGCGUAGAUGCAGACAUGCCACAGUGGUCCUCGUCCUGAUGGACCGCGACACCUUCUCCCACAUCCGGCUGUGGUGCCCCCGCCCCUUUGGCACUUACUCCCAGAACAAAGCUCGGAGUCCAGGCUCGGGGGGCAGCGGCGGAGGUGCCAGCGGUGUAGGGCCCCCCUCGCUCUGCAAGGUCGAGCUCAGCCAGGGUGCCAGGAGGGCGGCGGGAGAAAGCGAAGAUGUAGGGAUGAUGGUUGGGGUGCAGGAGGGCAAUGGAGAAGUGGAGGAUGUGGGCUCAGAAAACACUCCACCUGAACCUGAGCUUGAAUCUGGCUCCCUGCUGCAGAGCCAGACCCCUCAGCCCCCUUCUGCCCCUCCUUCACCACCAAAUGUGGGCACCCAAAUGCAGGAUGGACGUGUGCUGUUAGACACCUGGUAUGUUAUCAAGCCAGGCAACACCAAGGAGAAGAUUGCCUUCUUUGUCGCGCACCAGUUCAGUGGAACCGGCCAGCUCAGACCAAGUGCCAUGAAGGUUAAAGGUAACUGGGCAACAGACUGCAGUAAAGCCAAAAGACGAAGACGAUGCUCCUCCUACGACCCUCCAACACGCUCCCAUGCUCUGAACCACGACAGCUCCGUUUCCCCUCCUAGUCCUGAUGAGCCACACCUCGGAGGCGUGACUGAAACGGAUUUGCUUUCAGUGGCAGAGAUGGUUGCCUUAGUCGAGCAGAGGACUGCCAUGGCCCUUCAGGGGAUUGUGGCGGUUCAUGGGAACCAGAACCACCAAUCACCCACUACUGCUCCCGGUCCGGGCCUUAGCCCCGGCCAGCACACUCUGCUCCGGGGCACAGUGUCAGACCCAUCUCCUGUGGUGUUUGUAUCAAACAGUUCACACAGCCAGCCCUCCAAAGAAGACGAGAAGCCAUCAUCUCCAAUUCAGACCGACCAGGAGCUCGAAGAGCAGCACGAGUCGUGCAGAGUAGCGCAGGCCAUCGCACACUUUGAGUCUCAAAACCUGGAGAACCGUCUCCACUUGGGUCCUGGUUCUGAACUGCACUCUUCUAAUCGAGACAGAGAGAGCGAGCAUAGGAGAGGAGACGGUGUACCACCCACUGCACCAUCCAAUCAUAGUCAUGGUGAGGUUAGGAUAGCUUUUAGAGUGUCGAAUCUGGACCCACGUUCUCAGCUGGAACCAGCUAGCCGGUCCCGCUGUAUGUUUAUGAGCUGUGGGGGUGGGAGUAAUCAGGCAGCAGCCAGGGCCAAAGAGAAAAUCACCUGUGACCUAUACCAGCUGGUCAGCCCCUCAUCAAGAGACCCCAGCAGUUUGCUGCUGGCUGCCACAGCUUCAGCUCCUAAACCAGACGCAGACCACCAUCACCCAGACAGGCCCACCUGCGGCAGCCCAGACCCCACACAGGAGCUGUCCUCAGGGGAGAAAAAAGCUGCAGGUGUGGGGAGGGAGCCGGUGACUGGUUUCCACGUGGAGGUGGUGGUGACAGGUGCUGUAGACCAGUGUGUUUUCUUCGGGAAGGACAGCACAGAGAAUGUGCAGGAGGAGACAGUGUGUUUUGCGAUUCCCAGUGGGGGCGGGAACAGUGGGGGUGUUGGGAGCGCAGCCGACUCUUCCUUGGAUGAUCCCCCUCCUGGACAGCUGUUUUUCCUUCAGUCUCCCAGGGGACCAGAGGAGGAUGUAAAAGCAACCGCUGGCAGCGGGACAGGAAUGUGCUCUUUGGACUGUGCCAACAACAACAGUCUAGGGUCGGGGGUGGCAGUGGGCUCGGGGGAGCGGGCGACACGACCUGACUCUCCUAGUGUCAGGGAGGACUGUCCGGACCCUUCCCUGUGUCGCCUGUACCGGCACGUCUCCCACGACUUCCUGGAGAUCCGCUUUCAGAUCCAGCGGCUCCUGGAGCCGCGGCAGUACAUGCUCCUGCUCCCCGACCACAUCAUGGUGAACAUCUUCAGCUACCUGCCCACCCGCGCCCUGGCAGCCCUCAAGUGCACCUGUCACUGCUUCAAGGUGCUGAUCGAAACGUACGGGGUGCGCGCCGUGGACUCACGCUGGAACCAGGACCCCCUUUACAGGGACGACCCCUGCAAGCAGUGCAAGCGUCAGUAUGAGCGCGGGGACGUCUCUUUGUGCCGCUGGCACCCCAAACCUUACCACCACGACCUGCCUUACGGACGCUCCUACUGGAUGUGCUGCCGGCGCACCGACAAGGACACGCCAGGCUGCCGCGUCGGGCUCCAUGACAACAACUGGGUGCAGCACCCUGCCGACGGCUCUCAGCCCGUUCGCACCAAGAGAGAGGACAGACGGGAGGAGGCCAGGUAGAGAGGGUGACUGCGCUUCAGAUACCAACUCUUCAUCUCAGACUGCAGUCUUCCUCCUCUCUCGUCUCUGGUCAGAGGAGAGGGGAACAGAGAGGACUGCAGCACUCCAGGACUUGUUGCUUUUUUUUAAAUUUCUCUUUUUUUUUUCUUGUACUUGCCCUCCUCAGAGGGAAGAUGUGAUGCUAAGAUAGAAGAGAAGUGUCACACUCCUUGCCUUUUUUCUUUCCAAGUCAUCCAGAAUCCCUUUCUCCCCUUGCUAUGCUCCAGAGUGGCUACAUUCAAUAGUUUGUAUUCCAGGGUUGGGGUCCUCUCCUGCUGCUGUCAGUCAUGUUUUUGCCUCCUAAUCAUCGGCUUCUUGCCAAGAUAUGCACAUGGAUGUUACAGUAGGCCGAUUCACGUGAAAAUGUUUUGGUUGAAGUCAGUUUUCAUGAAGCAAUGCAUAGAAGUAAUGCCUGCUUACUGGUCCCAACACUUGUUCAGAGUGGCCACAAACAUCCACCUUAUGUACAGUGGUGCUUCAAGGAACCAGUCCAACAGAUGUAAAACUGUUCAGUGGUGGAAUGUUUAGCGUUACUGCAGAAAUGUGAUUGUAUAAAGCAAACUUGAGUCCCCUCUCUCAUCUGUACCUGUCCUGCACUAUGUGUUUCUAUUUUUCUGAAUGUGCUGUAUUAAGUUGAUCAGCUACCUGAUGAUGCUGCUGAAGUCACUGCUUAUCACUGAUGAUUCUGAAACAGGUCAAUAUUAGGUUCAGUCUCAGAGACCCCUGUUGUUUCAGAGUGGACCCUAACCUUGCUGAGCAGCCAUAAAGAGGAGCUACUGUGUACUUCCUGGUUUACAAAGAGUUAUGGGAGAUGGACUUGAAUGGGAUUAAAAAGAGAAACUUGAUGUCACUUUGGAAAGGCCUGUUGUCACUUUGUAUGGUUUGAUUGUUUUGCUUGUUUGCCUUUUUUUUCUUUUUGUUUGGUUAUUUGGUUGUGUGUCAGAAUGUUUGCUGUUGUUUGCUUUUAUUCUCAAGGACUGUGUUCUUCUUAUGUCAGUCUGUCACCCUACUGAACCAACAAAGUUUUAUUUUUAUUAAUACAUCUUUAUUUUAACCCCCCGACCUUUCUUCCUUCCCUUCUUCCCAUCGUCCUCCCAUUCGGCCGAGGGCAGCAUUUGCCAAAGCCGUCGUUCAUGCUUUUGAAGUGGGUGAACAUGUCCCACCACACACAAACAGCAGAAACUCUCUAUACACCAGCUUCCAGCCUUAAAAGCUCCCUACCUCUUACCCACCCUGCAGGAGACUGAGGCGUCCGAUACCUCACAGAUAAAGUAUUGACAGUUGCACAGGGGCUAGUUUUCCUAUGUUUGACGCACUCCAUCCAGCUGGAUUCACCCAAAUCAUAGUGUGAGUUUGCAGUGCCUGGUGACAGCUCUGACUCUUCAUUCUUGGAGAAUGAAAAAUAUAUAAAA